AUUCCACUGCCUAGUAGGAUUAUAUUUGAAGGGUUAGUCAGAUGUAUGUUGGUAUAAAUGGAGAAGUAUUUAUAAGUGGCAUUCAUAUCCAACACUGUUGUGAAUACAGUAGACAGUUGUUAAAUCAUUUCCAAUUUUUAUGAGUAUUUUGAAGUGUUUGUUUAUUGUGGGUUAUUUAAUGAUGUUCGUAUCCUAAUACGUGCAAUCGCUGAUAUGGUUAACGGAACCCUGUUCGCGGUUCCUGGCGGGAACUGUAUGACUUCGCCCAGCUCUCAGUGUAGUUGUCCGACACUGUGUUUAGUAUUGAAUAAUGUGAGUGGAUAUGGUUCGAUGCAGUGUUGAACAUCGUAUGUGAAAUGCGGUUCUGCUAGAUAGUGGAGACAAUUUCGUCGUAAUUUUCCCAGGGUCACAGUUGGAAGCAUGACAUACAUCCGUAUUCUUACCGAGGAAAAACUAGACGAAAGAAGGGCAAGGUUAGAACACACCAAAUCAUUGAUACGCUUUCCACAAAAAUCGUCAGCAGACGAAGCGGCGAAUUUCAACGCGUUUAAGUGGUACAAAGAACGUGUUCAGGGACAUCGUUUUCAGCACCUCUUACAACUUAGAGGCCAAGUAAUGUCUGACGAUGGAAUGGGAUGGAUCCCGGGUUUGGGGGACAAUAAGCCCCAAUCCAGAUUGUUGGGGAAGUCUUUUUUCGGUUACGUGCCAGAUGCAUUUUCGAUGAAGACGCCUGAAAUGCCUUCAGAGAAAUCGUCACAAAAGGGUUCUAAAGAAACGUCUGCUGCUUCAAGUCCUGUUGCGUCAGUGGGUCAUCGGAGGGAAUUAGAAAGUCUGAGCGGGAUAUUCAAGGAGGACAUACUGAAGGUAGGGGAAGAGUUAUCAAAAU